AUUGAGCUUAUGCAGGCUUACCAUACCUGGUACUAGUACGGUAGGGUUCAUUGGUCAGCGUGGAAGAGGCAAGCUCCUCUGGACCGGCAAGGACCGUUAACACACAGCGUGAGGGCAUAACGUUGAGCUUCCGGCGAGGGUACGAGGAUAGUCUCGUUGGUUCUAUUAAUUCCUUGAUGGGCCGACCGUGGGCACACAAGCAGAGAGAAACGAACCACGCACAAUCCACUUGAGUUGCUUGCUUUCGUUCGUCCUCUUUAGAAGCACCAUCGCCAUGACAAAUCCAAGAAAGCUCGGAAAGAAAGCAAUUGCCGCCACCAGGGCCAAGGCUUCUACCGCCAUCAUCAAGCACAAUAAACACGAUCGUCGACGCAACCGGGCCACAUGUUUCAAGAAUUUCUCCGUCAAUAUGACCGAUGCAGUCAAGGUGCUCAAGAAAGAAGGAUGGAUCGAAGGUGGCGUGUUGGAGGCGUUCUUGUGCGCCGAAGCGGCAACUCAAAGCAACAAGAAGGACGCAAAGGUGACUAUGGAGCCAACCAUGGACCAAAAUGCCGAGGUCCUUGCCGAUGACAGCCAGUCGGUGGCCAGUGAUUGCGCCGUGGCCAGCGACAGCGACAAUGAUGCAGAGCUCUCUAUGCUUCUUGAACAAAGCAUGACUAAACUUUGGAUUAAGUAAGCAACUAAACUAACUAGAACAUUCUCUCC